AUGGCACGGAUCGUACCUGCCGGGCAACCAGUCGCAUCUGCGGGAUCAGAACUCCGGAGAAAAUGGUCGCUGGGCGAUCUGAUGCUGCCGUCGCUGCAGGCCGCGCGGCGGCCUGCGCUGGCGCAGGAGUCGCCGUACUUCUUCGAUGUGCGCGGGCGCGCCGCCAGCGCGCCGUCGUCGCCGCAGAAUGCGACCGUGCUGACUCCGACAACGUCGCCGCGGGUGCAGUCGCUGCAGUCAUCGCCACAGGUGAGUCUGCCGCCGCUGAGACAUCUGCGCCUGCUGCCGAAUCCAGAUCGGCAGCAGCACGCGCCCGCGUACCCGGACACAUGCGAGCACACGCACCGCUGGCGCCACGAUCUGGUGCGCUGGUGUGCCGAGGCGAAGCGUGAACAUUUCAAGCACAUCGAGGCGGAGAUGGCGCAGUUGGACGUGCGCAGCUUCCCGGGCCUGCACAUGCUGGCGAACGCGGCGUAUGUGUCGUCGAUUGUGUCGCCGAGAGACCACUUUUUCCAGCUGGCAGACAGCUCUGCAUCGGAGUGGAUAGUCAUGACGCCGCCCGUGAGCCCGCGGGAAGAGGGCCAGCAGCCCGCCUCGCCGGGCCUGUUCACGCACGCUGUGAGCGAGAAGCUUGUGCAGACCAUCCGGCGCAAGAGGCUGUCCGCCUCCUCCCACAAGAAGUCGAACAGUUUCCAGGCGCGCGAAAUGAAGAAACUACUAGACUCCCGCAGCAAUCUCGCCCCCUCGGGUGCAGGAAAGAUCUCCAAGAAAUUGCCCGCUGCCCCCGUGCAGCAACUGAUGGCAACCAUAAACCUGGGCUGUUCUCAGCAGCCAGAGUGCUGCGAGCCGCCCAACCUCACGCCACAGCGGCCCGCGGCAGAUCUGCAUCCAACCCGGAGCAUUCCUUGCCAUCAGUUGGCACAGCUGGUGCGCACGCCGAUGGGACCACGUACCCCUUCGCGCCGCGCCUCCAUGCGCAGAUGCCUCUCUUGUCACUGUACGGAGUCGCCGUGCUGGCGGCCGUCAUGGUCCGACCGCAGGCAGGACCAGCUAUGCAACUCUUGCGGGCUACGCUACAAAAAAACCCACACGCGUUGCCUCAAUUCGGCCUGUCGCCGGAUUCCCAGUAAGGGUGAGCUCGCACAGAUGAAGACAAACCCGAUUGUCUCGGAAAUCCUCGAAAACGGUCUUCGUGUAGAGGGCCUCCGUUGUCUGUUCUGCAACUGCGUCGUCGAGACGCGCGAUUAA